AUGCGGUUCCUACUUGCGUUGGUCUUCCUGAGCCUCUCAGCGACAGAAAACUUACCGCAGAUCCCGAAAAGCACUUCCAACACGCCAGUGACCCAAAAUCUGGUCUCCAUUUCUGCGCAAAGAAGUAACACCUACACAAGAACCACUGUAGAGCCCAGCCGGGACCACCCAAAUACGGAGAAAGAUCAGACCACACCCACUCUGCAUCCGCCGUCCACGAAACACCCGAAUGGCAUUUCCGAUCAUUUGAGUUCAGAACACACGACCCCGAAAUACACUACUGGUAGUUCAAGUUCGGAACCCAAGCCCACGAAAUGCACUCCUGGCAGUUUGGGUCUGGAACACACGACCCUGAAAGACUCUAAUGACAAGCAAACCCCCAAGCCUGAUUCAAAGAAUGCUGACAGCGAAACUCAGCAUGCUUCCAGGGCAGAACUUGAGGAAAAAGGGCCCACAGGCUCUUCUCCCCAGCAUGAGAGAGAAGAUAAAUCUUCAAAACCUGCUGAAAAUGUGGAGCCCAAGGAAGUUGAAGGAGAAGAUGCAGAGCCUAAUGAAGAGACCUCACCCAAAGGAGGGAUGUCAGAUCGUGCCUCCAGUGAGGACCAUGUAGGUCCACCUUUGGGUGGUAGCAGUGAGAAGGAUGACCUUUUCAAGGACAAUUCUGUAAGUGCCAGUGCAGAGAGCAGCCACUUCUUUGCAUAUCUGGUGACUGCAGCCAUUCUUGUUGCUGCCCUCUAUAUCACCUAUCACAACAAGCGAAAGAUUAUUGCUUUUGUCCUGGAAGGAAAGAAGUCCAAAGUUGUUCGACGACCAAAGGCCAGUGACUAUCAACGUUUGGACCAGAAGGUAAGGAAGGAGGAGCCAGGUCCGUGGGAAGGAUGUGUGGCCUCAGAUGGCUCUGACAGUGGGCUUGCAUUUGGCAUGGCAGCAGUAGAUGGUUUAUGGAAUGCUGCUGUCCUUGGUAUUGGGGUGCUGCUGCCUGGCCUCCCGCUCAGUUUAGAUUUCAGAGUAGACAUUUAA